GUAUACUAAUCAUAUGAAAUGCACAGUCUAUUGAACUGCCAAUUUUAUACGCCCGGAGCGUCAUUUUGCGCAUGUGUCUCCUGUCUGUUGUUUAAAAUGCAUACGGACCGCUCAAACCCGGGGGGAUUAGGGAUUUAAGUAUAUUUUCGGAAUAAAACCUUCAGACUGAUGACUGCAUGUAAGUAGGGAAAAUAAUAUAACAAAUAAAACAAUAUUCGCUUGUCAUACAGUCUUGUGUAAAUGCAAAGGAGCAGUAACGUUAAUAAUCUCGAGCUCUGGUCUAGACCGCAGCUCGGGUUGACUGCUCUAGUGCGAUGCUCGGGUUUAGCGCACUGGUUAGCGGGUGAAUAUUACUAAAAUGAACCCAUUACCAUCUGCUUUACUUAUUAUGUUACUUUAAAUUAAUUUAAGGAUUUGCCGUUUGUGUUCGUGCAUUGAAUUUCUUGCGUUUAACAAAAGCGCAGUUGUACGUGUGUGAUUUAAUAUUCUUGAUGGAUAGUGAAUGGAGCCAGCCCAGGCUUUGUUCCCUCAUGAAUUCCUUCGAGAGGUGGAGCAGACUUGGAUGCUCGGAGCAAUUAUCGGAUGAUUCUUGAAAAAUGUGCCUCAGUUUUGCUUUCUGACCGCUAAAAUACAGUCGCACAUGUGACACACAUGCGUGACCCUUUGCGCAGAUGGAUUUGAAAUUGUAACAAACUGUGACUGUUCUUUAAAAAAAAACAGUGUCUUCUUUAUAAAUUCUGUAUAGAUUUUUAAAUAAGUUGAAUACAUUAAGUUACCCAAAUACCUCAAUGUAAGCCACAGGCUACACAUCAUCUCACAAUCACAAACCCGGUGCUUAUCACUAUGACAUACCGCAUGCCAAACUUCACCUUGGAACAGAAGCUGUUCCUGCUAAGGAGAAUUCAUGCGGUGGUGGACACAGUUCAGGAUUUUCGGAAGGACACCAACACCACUGUGCACCGGAACGCUGUGUGGGCAGAGCUGGCUCAGGCCUUUAAUACGGCGUUCCCUAAUCGACCACCCAGCAGCAUUGGGUCCCUGAAGACACUGUGGAAGCGGCUGAAAGUGGAAUGUCGUGUGGCUCUUCAGAAACGACAGGAGCAGCAGGCCGCUGGGCUUCCUGUGUCCACACUUACUCAGGUGCAGAGACAAGUGAUUGCUCUGGUUCCAAACCUGACCUCCUGUCUGGAAGAAAUAGAUGGAGACGACAGCAUUGCCUCGGGUAGGAGCGGAUCACCUGGAGCAGUGAAAGGGUUCUUGGGCACUAAUGGAAGUGAACAUGAAGAUCCUGAGCACAGUCAAAAUAAUGAACCUGACAGCAAGGAGAACUUAGCCAUUGACCUUGGCCUGGCCACACAUACCCAGCCACCAGUUAACUCUGGGAUUCCUCCUGGCCCUGGCUCCUCUCCACCCCUCCCCAAACGUUUCCGGUCACGUUCCAGAUCCAGUUAUCCCAUUCUCCUCUAUCCCAGCCAUGCCGGAAGCACCUCAGGCUCGGCAUCAAGGACUCACGCCUUGAACUCUGACACCGUACACAGAGAUUUUGCAGUUUCACGUGUCCCUGCUGGAGGAUCAGCUGAGAACUCAUCAACGGUGACAGAUUCCACAAAAUGGGAGGCUCGCAGACAGGAACUGUUUGAACUGGAGCAUCAGCAGACAAUGAGCCUGUUGCUCCUGCAGCAGUGUGUGUGGGAGGAGAAGAGAAAAGCUGUGAAACAGAAAGAGAAAGCCGCACAGGCCAAAAAGAGAUAUUAUCAAGCAAAACUGCUGAAGAUGGGUACAGAAAUUCCGCUCUCUAGCAGUGACAGUGAGGACGAUGACCAUCCACAGACCUGAACAAUGAUGUUUAUGACAUCUUAGCUCCAUCAAAUUUCUUUUGGAAAGGUUUUUUAGCUUUUGCUGUUUAUUUACAAAACAAUAAUUUUGUACUUUAGGAAUGUACUGUAAACAAUUCUGUUGUGUAUUUCUGUAUCCACAUCCUUAAUACAAAUGACAUUUUCUUGAGAGACAAAAAAUAAUUGUUAACUGUUUUUUAGCCCUCUGGAAUUUUGUUUUUUAUCUUUUGCAUAAAUCUCAAUAGAUUUCACAAUGGGGUAAGAUAAAAAACAUCAUUAUAGAAAACAGUUCAGUUAUUUUUACUGGCAAACUAGUCAAAGAGAAAGAAUGCCAGUGUUUUUAUCAGAUGAAGGGGAAAUCAGGUGCUUUAAAACCCAUUAAAGGUUUAAUUUCUCUUCUUGUCCACCCUCUCAUCAAUACUUCUGUCGAGUCAGAAUUUACACGUGCUGAUGAGGAGCAAUUUAAGAGAUGAUCUGCAAUAUUAAUGACUUAAUAUUUAUUUAAUGCUUAAUUCUAGAUUCAACUAAAGACGGAUUAUGGUCCUGCAAGGCCCCCUUGCGAGUUUGUAAUGUUUAAAUAGGAAUUAUUCUGUAAAUAUGAAUAAGCAGUGCAAUUAAAAUCACAAUUUCAAAAACAAAAUGAUCAUACCAAAAACGUUUAAAAGAUGUUGAAAAGACACGAUUAAUUUUGAAGAGGGGCCAGAAACAGAUCAUUUGUAAUUCACAAGACCCAGGGGCACUUUGACAGUCCAUAAUCCAUUCUUGGUUUAAACGCCUCUAAGAAUAGUUUCUUCAGGAACAACUUUUGAUUUAGUUUAUUAUAAAUCAUUUACUAUGCAGAUUUGUCAGGUAAAUAAGUGCUGCUCAUUUUUGACUUUCUACUGUUGUACUGGUUGAAUUGAUUUAUUGUUUGUUUUCAGCUCGUAGUGUUGAGAUGGAUAGAACAUUCACAACAGGGCUGUGAUCAGUAAUGAGUAUUUAAGGUAUAGUUCACCCCAAAGAUUGUGUGAAAGCUUUGUGUGAGGAACAGAGCUACAUUUUUAAGAACUCAGUAGCGUGGAUAUGGGGUUGUGUAGAUCACUUAAACAAAAUGUGAAAAUAAAAUUUAAACUAGUGAGAACAAAACUAUAAAACUUGUUUUUAAAAGCAG